AUUUCUGGGAAAGGCCGACCGUGAUCAUGGGUGACGACGAACCGCAAUGCCGCUACUGCUUUGGCGACGAGAUCGAUGGGCCGUUGAUUUCUCCAUGCAGUUGUGCUGGAGGGCAGAAGUUUGUGCAUCUCGCGUGCUUGCGCCGGUGGCAACGCAUGGUCCUUGUGGCGCAACCGACGCACCCUGCGUUUUACACAGACGAUAAGCGCCAUCACAUAUGCAACGUCUGUCUUGCGCGGUACUCGUGUCCGCCGCCGUCGCGAGCAGAACUCAUGGAAUCGUUCACGGGGCCAGAAAUCGCGGCAUUGAUCGACGAAGGUCGACUCAUUGCCGCGAGUCCUCAGUUCUCCGACAUGUUGGCCGCCGAUCGAAACGAAACGGAUGCGCGCUUGCGGCGACGUGGGGACGAUAGCUACGACUUUUGGUUCCACGGAGUGUACCUCAUCACCAGUGUCAAGGAAGACACGGGGGAAUUGGAGCUGCCAUUGACGUCCAGCGACAAACUCGAGUCCGUGCGUCGCCAACUCACGCGCGACAAUGCUUCCAACGAGGUCAGCAUCGACGUCCAGGGCACUCGGUUUCUCCUCGCCCCCAAAGGAUCGCUGGCGGACGUAUCUCCUUCCGACUUGGGGACUGCGCUCGAUGCCUUGUGCGCGCCCGCAACGCUCGUGCUCGUCCCAAGCACCCCCCUCUCCUGCGGAGACGACCACGUUGCCGCCGUGUGCAUUUCCCGCCUGUUGGCUCCGGCGUCGACCCGCUUGCAACGCGCGGAAGCGGCGGUCGAACGCGCCACCUCGCGCCUUCGUCAGCACUACAGCAACGUCGACGGGGCGUUGGUCGUGCAGCAUUAUGCCGGCGGCCCAUGCGAUCAGUAUGCGGUGUCGGCCUGUCUAGUCCGGGGGGGUACCGGGUGGACGGUGCUCACAGACCUGGACGAAGCCGUGGCGCUAGCAUAUCGCCGUCGGGAAAGCACCCGCCAUGGCGACGUGAGUUCGGGUCUCGGGGUGCGCCUCUGCGGACUUCAGUCACGUCCGGACCUGAACGGCCUAGUGGGCAUGGCGCUUCGCUUCGACGACAAGGCGCAGCGGUGGGAGGUGCGCGUCGCCGGCACCGGCGAAGGCAUCAAGCUCAAGCCCAUUAACAUAACGCUGCUGGAGACCGAGCCGGUGCACUUGUGGGUGUUUUGGGGCGACGCGCAGUGGACCCGCGCGCAGCUGUUGGGGGAGAUCGCGCGCGGUAGUUGGGGGCUGUGUCGCGCAGACAUUGAGGACCUCCUCGUACCCGUGGGCGAACGAUGGAACCAGCUUAAAGCGAGCAACCGACUGGCGUUUGCCCCCGUGUCGGAAAUGAGCGAAGAUUACAUCCGCCACGCCACGGAAGAGAUGCAACAUGCGCGUGUGAAUGCGCUCGCGGUGAUCGAAGCGACGCGUGAAGGCGGGUCAGCCGACGACCAAUGAAGAUAAAGCCAUCCCCCUACCUAUAUUGUUGGGUUGCUAGUAUAUAUCUAUAUAUCUAUAUACAUCCUACUUAUUCCUAAUCCAAUGGAUUGCAUAUUCGAUA